AUGACUAUUCAUUCCGUGAUUUCCGAUUAUAAGCUCGAUAAGGUUGAUCACAAUCCAUCGAACGGUAUUUGCAGCGAUAGUUAUGUAUUGUGCGGCCUACAAAACCGAAAGUAUCCGGAAAAACUGGCAAUGGUUUGUGGAGAAAAACAAAUCGGUGACACUGCUACUCCACCCGAUGAAAAUCCGUGGACCGUUGGAGUAUUUUUCGGACCAACUUUUCGGAAUUUUCUUUGUUCUGGCGCUUUAAUUUCGAAUGAACAUGUGUUAAUUUCAGCUGAAUGUGCUGUUCAUGCUGUAAGGGCUCGCGAUCAACUGCAUUAUAAAACACAAGUUCGCAUGGGUAGCAAUGAUAUCAAUGGCAUCAAUACCGUCAAACGGAAUAUUAUUUGUAUUUAUCGACACGAAAAUUAUGCACCAUUAUCUUCGAGCCAUGACUUUGAUAUUGGCAUUUUGCAAUUGGAUGCCGUAGUUCCAUUUGGAUACAACAUUCAACCGAUCUGUUUACCUCAAUCCCCAUUCGUGGAUUACACUGGAAUAUUGGCCAUAACCAUUGGCCUGUAUGACUCUUCGACACCGGAUUUAAUAUUUUCGCGAUUUGCAUCCAAAUCACAACAAACUCAUGUUCCUAUCUGGAUGAAUGAACAGUGCGCUGAAGUGUCUAAUUAUACGACCAAAUUUACCGACAACAUGAUAUGCGCAGGAGAUUAUGAAAAGGCUACUCGCAGACCUUCUUUGCAUGGUACUUUCGACCAUGGACAAUUAGCCAUUGCAGGCAAUAACGGUGGCAUGGAAUUAGUCGGAAUAUAUUCAUUUGGUCCAAAAAGUACUGUUGGAAUACCACCAGUUUAUACCCGUGUAGCCAAUUUUUUGCCAUGGAUUCAAAGUAAAUUAACCAAUAAAUGCAUGUGUGCACCUAAGGAGAGCAAACAGAACAAGGAUUUGAAUAAGAUUGAGGUCCCAAAAAAACAAACCGGAAUGUGUUUAGAACCACCUGCGAACAGCUCCUGUAAUUGUGCUUGUGGAUUACGCGAAAAUGGGAAACAAAUAGUUGAUGAGGUUUACACAAAGUCCAAUCAAUAUCCGUGGGCGGUUGGCAUUUAUGGUGUUGGGUAUUUUCAGUGCUCUGGUUCUUUGAUUUCCGAAAAACACGUGGUAAUCUCAGCCAAAUGCGCACAGCAUGUGAUAAGGAAUCGUGAAAAGGGGAGUCACGUUGAAGUUCGCCUAGGUCAUAAUGCCAUCAAUACAGUGAAACGAGGAAUAGUUCACAUCUAUCGACAUGAAAAUUACAACUUCCGCACUUCUGACUAUAACAUUGGAAUUUUGCAAUUAGAUGCCGUAGUCCCCUUUGGAUAUAACAUUCAACCAAUUUGUUUGCCAAAAUCUUCGUCUGUUUAUACUGGAAAAAUAGCCACAGCUGCUGGUUGGCAUGACACUGAAUCCAAAUCUUCUCUCGUAUCCAAAUCCAAAUUACUACAAAUCCAAUUUCCAAUCUGGACAAACCAAAAAUGCGCCAAACUACCUGAUUAUGCAAACAAAUUCACCGAAAAUAUGAUUUGCGCCGGAGAAUAUGAAAAUGGAGCUCACAGAGAUUGUAACAAUGAUUUCCGAAUUGAGCAGAUGGUCGUUGAAAAUGAACACGGAAGCAUGGAAUUAGUCGGAAUACAUACAUUGUAAGUCGCAACAAUUCAAUUAUUCUCACUAACUCUUCAAUCCAGUUGUAUUUUUUAGGAAUAUAAUGAAAAAUUCUUUUGUAUAUUUCAGUGG